AUGAAUAGAGAAGAAACCUCAAAUUCCAUCCAUAAUGAUCUCAUUCUUGAGAUACUCUCUAGAUUGCCUACAAAGUCAAUUGGGAGGUUUCGCUGCGUGUCAAAGCUAUGGCGGUCAAUGCUACACAAGCCAUAUUUCACAAAGUUGUUCUUGACCAGGUCCUCGGCUCGUCCACGUCUCUUAAUUGGGGUCAUCCAAGAUCAUGAGUGGAGCUUCUUCUCGGCGCCUCAGCCUCAGAAUCAUUAUGGGAAGUCAUCUCUUGUAGUAGCCGCCGAUUUUCAUAUGAAGAGCUCUAUAGACCUAAGCUUCGUCAUGUGUAGAUAUGUCUCUGGUUUGCUCUAUUUUCCAACUAUGCUAAUCUCAAAUAUGGAUAAGGAUGAAGCGGGUGUGAUAUGUAACCCCACAACAAGACAGUUUGCGAUUUUGCCUCAAUUGAGAUUAGGACCUGUGAAAGAUUACGGUCUCGUAACAUGCAAACACAGGGGUGGCCUUAUAGGGUUCGACCCAAUUGGAGGGAAAUUCAAGGUAUUUUCCAUAAACAAUAUAGUUGACAGUAAAAUGGUCCGCUAUAUUCUGACAUUAGGAAGUGAAAACGAGAGAUGGAGGAAGAUCGAGUGUCCCUUCAACGAGGAUGAUAAUGGAGGAAGAUCCAACGACGUAUGCAUCAGUGGAAUUUUGGUCAAGGAAACUGCAUUUAAACCUUUUUAUGUUUUCUACUUUAAUCCCGAAAGGAACCAUCUUCUAAGUGUUGAAAUCCAAGGUCUUGGAGAAGACCAUGAUUGGAGUAAGUAUCAUGCAGUUUGCGCUUUUGUAGACCAUGUGGAGGAUCUUCAGUUUAAUGUUAUGAAGUCAACGUCUCUAAACCCUCUAGAACAGAAUCAUAGACCCAUGAGCACAUCCACAUUAUUUAGAGAAGAUCUUCAAGUGACGACCGUUGCUCAGCUGGGACAAGAUCGUCGUACGUUUGAGAGUAUUAACACGGAUUCAUUUCAAAAAUGA